AUGGUUCUCACACACAUUAUUUUUCUCUGGCUGUCCAUUGCCACCAACAUAUUCGGCCAAAUGACUGCAGCACCCUCCUGUCCAGUCCAAGCAGACCCCUGGCACGCACAAGUUGGACUGCUGCUCCAAAAACGCGAUACUUCGUAUUGCGUUCCGAACAGCAAGAUCUUUUGCUACCAGCCAGCUGCUUGCGUCUCAGUCAGUGAUGGAUACGUCGGCUGUUGCACUGCUAUCGGCACUACUUGCGAGCCUCGAACAAGAUGUAUUGACUACACGCUGGGCAUUACAACCUCUUGCGACUAUGUUACCGGAGGAUGCGUCUACUGCUCCAAUCCUAGUCGUCCCUUCUGUAUCAAGGCAUAUCGAGACAAUAACUACAUCUUCAGCUGCGGCACCGAACAAUUGACUACCACCUACGCCGACACCGAAACCGCGGAUUCCAUCUCUGGAUCUGCUACACCUUCGGCUUCGCCUACGAUCGACUCCCAACCAACAGAGACCAGUGCGUCUGACAAUCUCCCAGCGUUUUCGUCUCCAUCAACACUGUUGUCUGUGUCAUCAGCUUCAUCGCUGUCCUCGUCAACAACCUCGCCAUCUUCAAGCACAACCAUGAAUACCACGACACCUACAUCAGCUCAAAGUGGUUCUGUGGGCAGCUCUCGCAAACUUAUCAUUGGCGUCAUCUUAGGCGCUGCUGCUGGUUCAAUCCUGUUGCUGGUACUUCUUUUCGUUGGCUGGAAGUUUUGGAAGCGCCGCCGAUCUGGUGCAGGAGGAGUGUCAUACGAAAAAUCGAGCAAGGCUGGCUACUCUCUCGGCUCGGGAGAAGACAGCAUGGCGGAGCACAACAGCAGUCAACGUGGCAUGACUAGUGAAUUGUCGAACGUGCAGGGCCCAGCAGAAUUGGAAGAGCAGUCGCAUCGCUCGGCUGAUGGCAAUUUUGAAUCUACAUCUGCUCACAAUGCCGCCAAUCGACAUCCAUACUCACCGGAAGAUAUUCGUGGAGCAGCGGAGGCGCCAUCCGAUGCUCCUGUCCACUUUUCGCCCAGCAUCGCCAUGACCAGCCCAACCCCAUCCAAUUCGUCGCUAUGGAUGACGACCCCGGGGAUGGGAACGCCCAGAGCGCCAUCACGAUACGUCGCAUACACUCCAUCUUCAGCCUACAGUGCCAGCGGACAGCCGCCAUCUAGUCUUCCUCAGCCGGGAUAUCGAGAUAUAAACACAGCAUUUGGUUCUUCACUGGCAGAGCUGGAAGCACACGAGGUUGGAAGGUCACAGUGA